AUGCCUCCCCAUCUCUCGAGGUUCCAGAGUGGACCGACAAAUAGCACCAAUUUCCCACCACAGCUGGGCGGCAACCCUUCUCACCUAAAUCCGAACGCACAGAUACCUUCUUUCGCCACGAACGGAAAUGUGUUAGCACUAGGCGGUGGCAUGAGCUCAGCGGCCGCGGGAUUCGGUGUCGGCCCUGACACGGGGCUCGGGAGUCAUGCCGCGAGGAUGGGAUUCCACGGCGCUGCGAUGCAGCAACAACAACAACAGCAGCAGCAGCAGCAGCAGCAGCAGCAGCAUGCUCAGCAGCAGGGACAUGCUGUGAUGGGAGAUCAUCCCGCCCGUACCCAGGCCAAGGGUCGAAUACGAGAGGUGUGGAGACAUAACCUAGAGGAAGAGAUGGCUGUGCUGAGAAAGCUGGUGCAGAGGUAUCCGUACAUCGCCAUGGAUACCGAAUUCCCUGGCGUUGUUGCGCGGCCGAUGGGUGGGUUUAGGGGUAAGAGCGACUACCACUAUCAAUGCCUGCGGGCGAACGUGGAUCUUCUCAAGGUUAUCCAGAUUGGCAUAACGCUGUUCAACGAAGAAGGAGAAACACCGGGCACGAGGCCAAACGGUGGCGAUCUGAUCGAUGGCGACGGUGUGGGCCGGAGAAAUGCGGGCCAGAAUCAGCUUCCUCACGCGUGGCAGUUCAACUUCAACUUCAAUAUCGACGAGGACAUGUUCAAUCAGACGUCAAUCGAGUCCCUACAGCAGGCUGGUAUCGACUUCAACCUGCUCAAGAGGGACGGCAUCGACCCAAAGAAGUUUGCUUCCGAGCUCAUCCCGUCUGGUCUGACAUUCUUCGAGGACGUGAAAUGGAUUUCCUUCCACGGCGGUUACGAUUUUGGCUACCUCACGAAGCUGCUCAUGUGCAGACCGCUUCCCAAGGACGAGCACGAAUUUGAAUACUACAUGAAGAAGUUCUUUCCUUGCACCUACGACGUCAAGCACCUCAUGAAGCACGCCAUCAAGCUGCACAACAGCGGUAUGUUGACGCCCAGCGACGCCAGCACCACCGAGCUUCUGCAGAAAUUCGAGCAGAAAUCCGGCCUGGAGAGCAUAGCAGAAGCCCUGAAGAUCAAGCGUGUCGGGUCAGCUCAUCAGGCGGGCUCCGACUCCUUGUUGACAGGCAAGGUUUUCUUUUCCAUGCGUGAGAAGGUCUUCCACGGUGACAUAGCGAACGACCACGUCGGUAAGAUCUGGGGUCUCGGGGUGCCUGAUAUCUCCAUCCCCCCGGCAUACCAGGCGGGCAACCCGACUGUGGAUAAUACGCCGCCACAGAGCAACAUGAGCGGACAGAAUGGAGGAACACCGAGCACGCCAAAUACUGGAAAUGCAGGUCUGGUCCACACACCGGCGGCGCAAUCGCACAACACUAAUGGUGUCAUGGGGCCGAUGACGCCGGGCGGGGUUUUUGGGAACUUCCAGAUGGGGGUUGAAGGGUCGGUUCUUUCUUCCAGCAGAAAAACAUAA